UGGUGGAUUCUUCGGUCAAAGGCAAGCCUUUCGUCAAGGUGAAACUUAAGCUGUCAAUCCACAAGGAUGGAUUGGGCAUUUGUACAUAGAACUUGGGAAAAGUGGGUUUCUAAUUAUGUUGGUUCAUCUGGAGAACCACUGAAGGCAGCUUUGCUUAUUAACUAUGACCCAACUGGACCUUCUCGCUUGCUUUCUGUCAUAGCAGAGCAGCAUGGAAUGAAAACAAAGCCUUCUGAGUUGAGCCCAUUUCUUGACUUCAUCAAGCGCAACAAUCUCCAGGGCGAGUGCUUUUUCAUUGGACCUAACGUUUAUAUGGUGACAUCAAUUCAUGAGAACUGGUUCUGUGCAAGGUGUGUAAACACAUCAAAACCAGCUGGCGAAGGUGUUAUUGUUAUGCAGACGACAGCAUAUCUAUUGGUUGCACUGUAUGAUGGCUCAAUUGGUGCUGCAUCUCGUGCAAUGGUGGUUGUUGAUCAGUUUACUUGGCAACUAGCUCGUAGAAAUCUUUAACUUCACAUCCUAUAAAGUUACAGCAUCUAAUCUUUUCAUGAAUUCGGUAUGAUGUGACAAUUGGAGAUCCCUCUCAGUUAAGAUGUGUCUAGGCUCCUUAAUACCUUUUUCCUUAUAUACCACCUACAGCCUUCCACCUCUUCAUGUUCUAAAACCAAUGUCUGCCAAUGAAGUGCCAUUUUUUCCUUUUG